GUAUUGUAAUAAAAAAAUUAGAGAGAGAGAGUCUCCUGAGUCCUGCUAAGCUAGAAUUCAAAUUAACGAAACGACAUGGAAGAAUGAUCCAAACGACAUGAAAAAUGAAAUGAUGCAAGGUCAGGCUCAGGCUCAGCCGCAGAGCUGUGGCAGCAACAGCAGCGUGGUUCCGGCGAGCGAAGUGUUCUGGUCACUCGUCCACAAAGCCGAUAAGAAGUUCUCCAAAAUCCGAGAUCUUCCCUAUUACCACCGCAACAGGCAAGAGUACGAUGCUUACUUCUACAAGGUCUUCAAGGUCUACACUCAGGUAUGGAAGUUCCAGCAGGAGAAUCGUCAGAAACUUGUCGAGAGUGGUCUCAAGAGGUCCGAGAUCGGCGACAUCGCUUCUCGGAUUGCUCAGCUCUACUUCGCUCACUACAUGAGGACCAGUCAGGCCAGCUAUCUCCACGAGGCUUUCAUUUUCUACGACGCCAUUCUCACUCGCGACUACUUCAAUUUCCACUCCCACUCCCACUCCAAUCCCCCUCACGACCUCUCCCUCGCCUCCAAGCACCUCCGCUUCAUUUCAAGGUUUCUGAUGGUGUGUUUGCUUUUGAACCGGCGGGAAAUGGUUCAGCAACUGCUUAACCAGCUCAGGCUUUUGCUUGAUGAGUGCAAGAGGACCUUCAAAGAAACCGACUUCAAGGAAUGGAAGUUGGUUUUUCAGGAGCUGGUUAGGUUUUUGAAGUAUGACACCAAUUUUAUGAAUAUCAGGCCUCUCAGGUAUAGUGUUGUGUUGGACUCUUUUUCGGACUCACUGUCUCCACACACUUGUUCUAGGAAUCUGAGACUUCGAGACGCUGUUCUCGCCACUUAUCAUCACAAUGAGGUUAAGUUUUCAGAGGUCACUCUUGACACUUUCAGAAUGCUUCAGUGUCUGGAGUGGGAACCAUGUGGCUCAUUUUAUCAAUCAAAUCUAACAAAGAAUGGUCACAAUGGGCCUUCUUCUGCACCUAAAGAUAUUCUUGAUCCUACACUGCCUCCUAACCCUAGAAAGGCGGUUUUACAUCGUCCUUCCAUCACACAUUUUUUAGCUGUUGUGGCCACAAUAUGUGAGGAGCUCCCUCCUGACGGAGUUUUAUUAAUUUACUUGUCAGCUUCAGAAACAGAAAUAUUUCUGUCUCCUACAGGUGCUCCUCGGUACUCUCAUGCCACCUCCCCUUCUCCACUAGGAUCUGUGUCUGAAAGACCAGACCCUUCUUCCGAACAGUCUGAAGAAUAUAGCUCAGCAUUAGAUUCUGGUUGUUUACAGUUUGGGUCUCGUGGAAAUGGAGGAAUAAAUUGCAUUUAUCCCAGUGACUUGGUUCCAUUUACAAGAAGACCACUUUUCUUAGUUAUUGAUGGUGACGCCAAUGAAGCAUUUGAGGCUAUAAAUGGAGCAGAAAAAGGAGAAAUGGCAGCGAUUCUUCUUUCUCCGAGAACUUCAUAUCACUGCACAAGUGCUGAUUCACCUCGUCAUUCGACUGGAAGUCUAUUCACUGUUUUUCUUACAGCUCCAUUACAGGCUUUCUGCCUGUUGCUUUGCAUUUCUGACUCGGAUGUUGAAAUGGAUACAUAUGUUGAGGCAGAGAAAUUGCUUUCAUCUUCCUUAAAUGAUUGGGGUGUAAAUUUAGCUGCAUCAGAUGCCCUUCAUCCUGUCUGGGCGCAGAUUUUGCGCGAUCCUUUCCUUAGGCGACUUGUCUUGAGGUUUCUAUUCUGUCGGGCAGUGCAUGCAUUACAUGCUCCCACCUUCAAUAAGGAUGAAUUCAUACCAAAAUCUCUGCCUGCGCUUCCACCGUCUUUCCUCCCUUCAACUGUCGCUUGUCAAACCCUAAUUUUGCAGCUAGCGAAUAUCUUUGGCGCUACCAACAGUUUCAUAAUCUCUGAUUCGCUCGGACUUCCUGAAAAUACGUGUGGUGACACAGACUCAAUGUCAUCUUCUUGAAGCAUGGGUGGAGCCGUUCUGUGUUACAUUAGGCGGUUGGGUUGGUUGACUUGUCAUGCAUUGAUCGAGUUCAAACAGUCAAAAUAUCCGGGUUGUGUUUUCAUAAUUGUGCAAGUACUUUACAAGCGUGAAAAUUCGGGGCUAAAUUGCUGCUUUAAAAUCAGGUUACUUGAAUGUUGGGUAUUUUGGCUCUAUUUUUGGACAUUUAAAUGAAGAUGGUGUUCAUAUUAAAGUAAACCAUGGUUAGUUUUGGCAUUGAAAAUGGAUUGAGCUUCUAUUGAGACUCGGGUCUCCUUUGGUGGGUGUUUUUUUGAAUAAUUAUGAACGAAUCACUUUUACUGUGUAAAGAAAUUGUUAAAAGUAAGUACAUCAAGUUGUUGAAGGUGUAAA